AUGGGAACCGUUUCAAAGAAAAACAAGGAAAGAAGGAGUAAUGAUCUGGAGAAAAUCAAGAAGUAUGCCGAGGAGUAUUCGUUUGUGGCAUUUGUCACAAAUCCAGAUCUUCCGAAUGUUGCAAUUAAGAAGAUGAGGGAGGAUUUUGAAGGCAAAGCAAAAAUUCUUUUCGUUAGGAAGAAGAUGGCAAGCGCAAUGUACAACAUGCCAGCAGUGCCAAAGGGAACCUACUUUCUCAUAUUUGGAGGAGAAAGCGCAAUGGAAAUGGUGAAGUCAUAUCAUUAUAUGGACUUUCUUGAGGAAAACGAUGUUUCCAAGCAUCGCGGCAUCAUAGAAAAGCAAGCAGUGAGAAACAAAAAGAUACAAGAGCUCUUGCCAGUUGCUUGUAAGGAUGGACAAAUGCAACUGACUGAAGACUAUGUUGUUUGUGAGCCAAGCGAAUCAAUCGAUGCUUCAAAGGCUGCCAUCCUUAAGUUUUUCGGAAAAAGACUGAAGGAAAAGACUCUACCUGUCCUUUGUAUCGUGCAAUCCUCAGGCCUAAUAAGAGCUUCUGGCAAUUAA